GCACUGCCGAGGAGCUGGCGCUCAUCCUGCGGGGUAGGUGCCUGCGUCCCCCCUGUACAGACCCCUGCCCGCCCCCCCCGCAGCCCGCCCCGCGCCUAACUUAUCCUGUACAUAGCCUGCGUAGCUGUCUGUGGCGGCGGUGGCCAUGUACCCCCCCCUCACCCUGCCCCCCCCCCCCCCAAAAGCCCUUCGCCGGGCGGCCGGUACCCCUGGGGCCGCCCGCAGCGUUACACUGGACCGGGGGGCCCGUGGGCCCCCCCCUCCCCGGGCAUCCUGCCCCCACCGGCCCCGGGGCCCCGCUCCCUACUGUAAGAUGUGUCCUUGUACAUUUGUAUCAAUAAAGGUGUGAGCAUUGCACGGGCCCCCGGCCCCCGCCUCCUGCGGCGCUGGGGGGUCCUGUCCCCCGCCCCCAAGGCGUGCGGCUGCAGGGGAUUCACCCCCCCCCCGGCGCCAUGCAGGGCUCGGCCACGUGUCCCUCCCGUUUCACCCAGUCCCCUUGGCCCCGGCUGGCGGCCGGUCACGCCAUCCCCGGCACAGCCCCACGGCCUCGCCGCUCGCCCAGCCCCGGGGCAGGGCCUUCCCGACACGGCCCCGCCAUCGCUCUGGGAAUGCGCCGGGCACCGGGGCUGCCGGCCGGGGCUCCUGCCGCCCCCAUGGUGUCCCCCGAGGGUUUGGUGGCCGCAGCCGCAGCGCUCGCUGGCCUGGGUCUCCUGGCCCGGCGCCUUUGGGCAGGGAGGCUGGAGGUGCCUGGAGACCGGGAUGAGGAAGAGGAGGAGGAAGAGGAGGGGAUCCCCUUCAUGGCCGAGGACGGCUCGGGGUGCUGCCGGCUGCUGUGCAAGCCCUCGGCGCUGGCCCAGCACCUGGUGCGGAGCUUGGGGCGGUCGGCGGGGCUGUGGGGGGGACAUUGGCUGUGGCCGCGUUGGCCCCGGCUCCAGAUGUUGCGGCAGCUCCUGAAGCCCCCCGAGCCGGAGCCGGCGGUGGCCCGGGAGCUCCUGCAGAUGCCCGACAGCGGGCUGGUGGCCCUAGACUGGUUGGUGGGGCCGUGGGGGGGGGCUGCAGGUGGCGGUGGGGGGGGCCCCAGCCCUGUGCUGCUGCUCAUCCCUAAUGCCGCCGGGCAGGUGACGGGGGGACUGCUGCAGCUGGGGCUGCGGGCGCUGGAGAGGGGCUUCCUCCCCGUCAUCUUCAACCGCCGGGGCCACAACGGCUGCCCCCUCACCACCCCCCGGCUCCAGCCCUUCGGGGACCCCGGGGACCUGCGGGAAGCGGUGACCUACCUGCGCUGCCGGCACCCCGCCGCCCCGCUGCUGGCCGUCAGCGAGGGCUCGGGCUCGGGGCUGCUGCUGGCCUACCUGGGGGAGAGCGGCUCCUCCAGCCACCUGGCCGCCGCCGCCUGCGUCUCCCCCAUCUUCCGCGGCCGGGACUGGUUCGAAGCUGGGAUGCCCUGGCUCUACGAAUGGCCGCUGCUCCUGCACCUCAAGAGGGGACUCAGCAGGUACGCGGGGUCCCUGGCCCAGGCGGUGGACGUGGACGGGCUGCUGGGCAGCCGCUCGCUGCGGGAGCUGGAGGAAGCCCUCUUCUGCCGGACCAAGAGCCGUCCCACCAGCUGGGAGGCCUACUGGGAACGCAACGAGCCCCUGCGGGACGCCGACGAGGCAGCCGUGCCGGUGCUGUGCCUCUGCAGCGCCGACGACCCCGUCCGCGGCCCCCCAGCCCGUAGCCUGCCCCUGGAGCUCUUCCGCAGCAGCCCCUACUUCUUCCUGCUGCUGACCCCCCGGGGGGGACACUGCGGCUUCCCCCGGCGGGGACCGGGGCACUGCUGGGGCCACGAGGCCGUGCUGGAGUUCUUCAGGGCCAUGGCCGAGUUCCUGGGGGCUGAGGAGCGGAGGAAGGGGCUGCCGUGGCCCCGCAGGUGGGGGGGUCCUGCCGUCGAGCCCCCCGUCUUCACCUGGCAGAGGUCCUACACCCGAUAGCCCCCGGGCAGGGUCCCAUGUGCCGGCGGGGGGGGGGGGCUCAGAAAGGCAGGCAGACACUCCGUGUACUAAAAUUACUUUAUUACAGUUGAUUUUUUUUUUUUUUAACAUUUCCUUUGCUAUGAUACAAAGGAUACUUACAAACAAAAUAUUACAUAUGACCUUAUUUUUUUUUUUUUUCUCUUCUCUUAUUUUCUGACAACUUGGUAACAGCUUUAAAUGCACAAUCUAUACAAUUAAUACAGGUUAUAUAUGAGCUAUAAUGUAUGUUGAACCAGAAGAAUACCAGAAUACUGACAAUAUACUGUACAUUAAGCCUUACCAGUUAGUGCUCGUGGCAUUUUCUACAAGAAGGAAAACGCACACCUGUAGAUUCACUCAUACCAG